AUGAACAGCUUGUUCUCGAGCUCAUGGAAGCGCGGCGGCGGCGGCGGCGGCGGCGGCGGCGGCGGAGACGACGGCGACAUCGAGUCCGGCAGCGUGGAGAUGUCUGCGCCGCCUGGUGCCGCGGCGGGGGCGAGCCUGGACCGGUUCUUCGAGGACGUGGAGUCGAUCAAGGACGAGCUACGGGACCUGGAGCGGAUCCAGCGCUCUCUCCACGACGGCAACGAGGCGGGGAAGUCGCUGCACGACGCGUCCGCGGUGCGCGACCUCCGCGCGCGGAUGGACGCGGACGUGGGCGCGGCGAUCAAGAAGGCCAAGGUGGUGAAGCUCCGGCUCGAGUCGCUGGACCGCGCCAACGCCGCCAACCGGUCCGUGCCCGGGUGCGGCCCCGGUUCCUCCACGGACCGCACCCGGACGUCCGUCGUGGCCGGGCUGCGCAAGAAGCUCCGUGACUCGAUGGAGUCCUUCUCGUCGCUGCGGUCCCGCGUGGCGUCCGAGUACCGGGACACGGUGGCGCGGCGGUACUUCACGGUGACGGGGACCCAGCCCGACGAGGCGACGCUGGACGCGCUGGCGGAGUCCGGGGAAGGGGAGCGGUUCCUGCAGCGCGCCAUCGCGGAGCAGGGGAGAGGGGAGGUGCUGGGCGUGGUGGCGGAGAUCCAGGAGCGGCACGGCGCCGUGGCGGAGCUGGAGCGCUCCCUCCUAGAGCUGCAGCAGGUGUUCAACGACAUGGCCGUGCUGGUGGCCGCGCAGGGGGAGCAGCUGGACGACAUCGAGGGGAACGUCGGGCGUGCCAGGUCGUUCGUUGAUCGCGGGCGCGAGCAGCUGCAGGUGGCCAAGAAGCACCAGAAGAGCACGCGCAAGUGGACCUGCAUCGCCAUCCUCAUCCUCCUCGUCAUCAUCCUCGUCAUCGUCCUCCCCAUCGUGCUCAAUAACAACAAGAAGAACUAG